UCCGUGUAGCAGCUCCACAUAGUGGAUACGUGAUACGUUGGUGAUCGCCGCUCGGUGCUCACCCUCUUCGAUUCAACCGGUUUGCGGUCUAUAUGCAGGGGAGCGCAGGCCACAUGCCAUAUCCAUUUGAGCUGCUACACGGAGCGGAUUCAUCGUUGUGUUGAUACGUACCUGAACGAUCCAACUUCUGUCGGUUAUUCAACGAACGCUUACACAAUACGUAUUGAGACGGGAACGCGAUAGGUUUGUGGUUUUGGCGCGCUUGAAUUGCAAUAUUUGUGUAAUGGAGUGGAAGUCGGAAAGACAUGUUCUAAAACUUAUUGAAGCUUACCGUAGAACAUCCUUAUUGUGGGAUUUUCAAGAUCCGAAGUAUUAUAAAAAACCUAUUAAAGUCAAGGCCUGGAGGGAAAUAGGACAAGAAGUAAACAUGCCUUGGGACGAGUGUAGAAGAAAAAUACAGUCCUUGUUGGGUUCUUACCGGCGUGAGAAAUACAGAAUAAGACAGGGUAAAAGAUCAGGUGACGCUUACGUCAGUAGGUGGUACGCUUACGAAGCUCUCACGUUUCUAGAUGGCAGGAAGAUGCCAACGCAGCGACCUAAGAUGCAACCAGAAGAUAUGAUGGAAGAUGUAGAUGACAUCGGAGUAGAGGUCAGUCUUUCGGAACUAAGCCCAGAGACAUCAGCAUCUUCGCCUAUUAACAUACCCAGUACGCGAGCCAAGACAGAUGAUUAUCCUACUUCAUCAAUGCUGGGCAGUGAAUUUAAUAUUUUCGACACAGUAAGGGAAAAACCGAACGAGACUGACACAUUUUUCACGUAUGUCGCUACAAAAGUGAAUAAUUAUUCCAGGGAGACUCAGACCGCGGUGCAGCAUGCAGUAUUCGAAAUACUUAUGAAAGCUGAUAAAGGGUUUUAUGAGUCGGCAAGUUCAGAUAAUCAGCAAUCUAACAGCUGAUAUAAAAUAAAAAUAAAAACAUUUAUUGCCUAAUAAAAUAUAUAAUUCAUUAUCUUCUUCUUCUUUCUCGAAACUCCUUAUGCCCCUCAGGGGCGUCGGAGGUUUUAUUCAUCUUCUAUCCAUCUCUUCCAUUUCUUGCGGUCCUUUGCUAACUCUUUCAUUUGUUGAUGUGUUUUUCCUUAUUCCUGUCCAAUUUAAAAUUGGAUUUGAUUAGGAGCACUUUAUACACAGCUAAUCGCUUUCCACUCGCAGGACCGUCCCCUAAUUCAUUAUCUUAAGAUAUUUUAUUUCUUCUUUUUCGAUGUUCCGCUGCUGCACCAACUCCUUUGAACAGCUUCGGUUAAGGAUUUCUGAUUCUUCUUGCCUUGGUUGUCUAGACAUCUUCUGUAUGUAUUUUUUGUGGCAUCGCACCUACUUUCCUGCACCGAUUUUGCAACCACAUGGCUAUUGUCUGAUCAGAUGGUCGAUGUUUUUGUCUAAACAUCCUCUGUACACGAUUUCUGUUGAGGAUGUCUCUGGUAUUUAGGGGUCAUCUUGUGGCCUGGUGGAAGAAAUAUGAAGUCCUGUUCUCGGUCACGUCCCUCAGUGGUGUAUACUGCAGCCUUUCUCGGGUGGUUGCGUUGGAAGCACGGUCUUGUAUUGCUGCUCUUCCAAUGAGCCGGUAGCAUGUCGUCUCUAUGGUUUCAAGCCUCUUCCAGUUGGUUUUCACCGUGGAGCUCCAUACUGGGACCACAGUAUAAAGAGGGACAGUAGAACCACUCUCCGAAAAAUUGGAAGUAAAAACUGUAGUCGCGCAUGGCGACCGCGCAAUGUUGGUAGUCGCUUUUGCCGCACUCUCGCAUUGCUAUUCGCAUAGAAACGUACGGCUUUUAACAGGGAAAAUAACCCGCAUCUACCACUGGUGAAUUACCAAAUGCGUACUGCCGGUAUUACUUCCUGAGAUCAAAGCGCCGACAGAGGAGUGAUUUUACUGUGGAACCUCUAUAUACUGUGCCGGGACCGCAAACAGCAUCACAGACCUAACAUAGGCCUGGUAAAAAUGAAUCUUCUUCUUCGUCAGGGGUGAGGACCUAAAAAUUUAAGGUUUUAUUAGUAUUUUUUACUAAUGCAGCUUUUACCUUGAUUUGCUUUGCAUGCAGCGUGAAGUUCAGCUUUAUGUCUAGGUGGACUCAUAAGUAUUUUACGGACGCGUUAUCUUGACUGCGUUGAUCUUGAUUUUCCAUUUGUCCUUUCCAAGUGGUCUUCUAGUUCCGAACAAUUCUUCUGUCGUCUUUUCCUGCUGUGUAGAUGGCAGUAUCGUCUGCAUACAAAGCUGAACUUAUUCUUUCAUCUGUUGGUAAAUCUGAAACAAAAAUAUUAUAUAAACCUGAGGCAUCUUUCGGUCAGUUGAAAUUUGAAAAGUUCUAUUAGUUAGAUAUUUAUCGCAAAUAUUAACCAACUAUUGAGGUAACCUGUCCAUCGUGAAGAUAAGUGCUUUCUUCCAGACCGUGUCGUAUGCUUUUUCUGCGUUCAGGAUGGCCAUUCCUGUCUUCUGAUUUCUGUGGAACCGAAUUUUGGUGUCGCUGAUAACUCUUGCUAGUUGUAGUUCGCAGUUUCUUCCUUUCCUGAAUCCAAAUUGGUCCUCCUGUACGAUUCUUCUUCUUUCUGCAUGUUUCAUUAAGCUCUUGUAGAUUAGCUUCUCCCAUAUGUUUCCUAAUGGUUCCAGUAGGUAUAUUGGCUUGCAGUUUUAUGGUCUUCUUCCAUCCUUUUUCGGUUUUAGUAGAGGGAUGGUCUUGUCCAGUUGUUCAGAAAAUGAGAAUUUUCAAGGCAAAAUCUUAAAAUGUAGUAGAGCAGUACUCAUUUUCUUCGGUAGUUUCUUGAGUAGGAUGUUGUGUAUUCCUUCCUGUCGUCAUCCACUUCCGACUGAGUCGUUUAUUUCAGAACACUAUUCAGAUUUUGUAUAAAAUAUCUUACUUAAUUGUAGUUUAAUCUAGUAAUGUUUAAAUGAGUUUUAAUAUUAUUCAUAUGUAUUGAAAAAAAUAAAUGAGUUCAAAAUCAAAUGCUUAAUUGCUGCAAUAUUACCUUGAUAUUAUAUCCUUGCCAUUCAUUAUGGUAGGGGAGCAAAGUAUGCUAAAUGUUCAGUCACUCGAGCGCUUUGGAGACCUAUUGGGUUGUGAAGAGUAGGUCCUAAAACCAAAAAAAGUUAAGUAACAUUUUCCAUUUUAGUGGGCGCUUGGCAUUUCUUAAUUUAAUUUUCCAUUUCCAACAAUCGAUUUUUCCGAUUAUAACGCCAUCUAUGCAUAAUUUGAAAAAUGUUACUUAUUUUUUCGUAAGGAAUCCAAAUCUGCAAUAAAAAAUGGGGGCUCCUAUUUAAGAUUUUAAAGUAACCCCCCACCCCACAUGCAUAAUUUGAAAAAUGUUACUUAUUUUUUCGUAAGGAAUCCAAAUCUGCAAUAAAAAAUGGGGGCUCCUAUUUAAGAUUUUAAAGUAACCCCCCACCCCACCUCCGUGGGGGGUUGUGUUUGGUGCUAUUCGAUAGAUUUUUUAAAAAUGUGUAUUUUACAGUUUUUCGAUCUGAUGUUCAUUUCGCGAAAUAUCGCGGGAUUCUUAUUGUGAAACUUUGGGACUCCCCCAUUUCCUUACUCCCGGCUCAAAUCGUCAGAUUUUUCAAAUAUACACUAUUUUGCAUGUAGUUAACUUACCUUAUCUUAAUCUGACAAUUUCGAGUUUUUAUAAGGAUUAAUUUUUUUUCGGGCCCCCCUUAACGAACUCCCCUGUGUUAAGAGCCAAUAUAUGGUAGAGGUACAUCUGCAGGGUACCAGGUUUCUCCCCAUAUGAUAAUCUGACGCGCUCGAGUAACUGCAAAAAUCCCCGCUUGGGCUCCCCUACCAUUAACAAGUACUGCGCAAGCUUUUGGUAAUAUAUACUAACUAUUAAAAUAUGUCCAACAUGACGGCUUCGAAAUCCUAAAGAUGUACCAUGUACGGAAGACUAUUAGUAUAUGAUUCUCCCGUGGCUAUAAGUAGAAUUGUCACUGCCAACUUGGAAUAAUAAAAAUGACUAAUUUAAAAAAAAUAAAACUACAGAUAGUCUGUCCGCUAUAACUUUUCCCAUGCGGUACGACAUUUUUAAUCAAAUUAAGUCAAAACAGAAAGUGAAACGUACGCCGAUGUGUGUAGUAUAUAGUAUACAGUAUACAAAAUGUAUAUACACAUCGACGUUCGUUUCAAUUUAUGUUUUGGCUUAAUUUUAUUGAAAAUGAAUCGUACCGCAUGGGAAAAUGACCAGAUAUUCACAAUAAAAGAGAUAAUGGAAAAAUGCUGGGACUUUGAUCUUCUAAAGAGAAUUAAAUGCUACAAAGGUGUUACAUCAGCUAUUCGAUGUUUUUUUACGCUAGAUAAAGAACUUCUGUUUUUUAUAUAUAUUUUCGUUUGCUAUUCUUCUUGUUUGUUUUAAAAAAUAUUGUAUAGAUUUUACAAUAAACAUUUAUAGUUAUCUUCA